UUUGUUGGAAAAAUGAUGCAAGCUCAGCAAAUGAGUCUACCGGGUAUUCCGAGUGUGUAUGUGAUGGUGAAUGACAGUUCAGGAUUUCCACACAGCGGCGGAAGUUCUGCGAGUAAUUCGCCAAAUCAUUACGAGAGAUUUUCACCACCGAGUCAUUUGAUGGAUCUCAGCAAUCCACAGGAUCAAAGACUUUUACCAAGUUUACACCGUCAACAACAACAACAACAACAACAGCAGCAACAACAACAACAUCAUCACCAUCAUCAUCAUCAUCCUUAUCAAUCGCAAAACUACAUCUCCUAUCAGAACGUGAACAAUAAACGUUAUCAACAAUCUCAUAAUGAACGAUUGAUUUACGACAAGAUCGAUUGCGAUCGUCGGGUACACGAUCAUUCACCGGAAUUAAUCACCGACGUUCGUGAUCAUGAAAACCUCUAUCUAUCUCCAUCACCACAAAUGUAUUCAUCCGGCGAGGAAAUGAAUUCCCAAAUUCACGAUCCUGCCUACAUGAACAAUAUUAUUGAAUUCAAACCCGAGGUGAUUGAUUUUAAAGAAGAAGUGACAAAUUUCAAGCAGGAAUUAACAAAUUUCGCUGACAAUAAAAAUGAUAAAUUUCAAGAUGUGACAAAUUUUAAGGAGAAUAAAAUGCGUAAUUUACCAGCAUCGACGAAAAAUUAUUCAUCAUCAACAACAACAACAACAUCGUCAAAAGUAACGACAACAAAAAGAAAACGCAAGUACAGCAUUGAUAAUGAUUCGGAUGAUGGUGAUAAUUCAUCGUCAUCGUCGAGUAAAUUUAAAAUACGACGAAAGAGUGGCGCUUCAUUUGAGGAAAUUCAAAAUCAAAGGGUCAUCGCCAACGUUAGAGAGAGACAAAGAACGCAGAGUUUAAAUCAAGCUUUUACGGAUUUAAGAAAGAAAAUACCAACAAUGCCAAGUGAUAAGCUCAGUAAAAUACAAACCCUGAGGCUAGCGACCAGGUACAUCGAAUUCCUCUCCACGGUUGCUCAAUGUCCUGCUGACAAUUUGGAUGGAUUAGACGAAGGUGAGUCCAAUCAAAGAAAUGCAUUUCAUUUGGCAGCCAAGGAAAUUGCAUCGUCGUCUUGUACUUACAUGGCACAGGAGAAAAUAUCCUAUGCCUUCAGCGUUUGGAGAAUGCAAGGAGAGUGGAACGCCAAUUUAUAAAAUUUUUUUGGCGACAAAAAAAUAUUUGGAUUUAUCGAGGUAUUUUUCAUGAUAAAUCCUAUUGAUCCAGUGAUUUUUUUUUUUUUGACCAGAGGAGCAUUUUCACGGAUUCGCUGGUACGAAAACCUCCAAAUGUCUCCGAGCAAGCAACAUUUACUUUGUAAAUUUCUAUAUAAGUAGAUUUUUAACUCGAUUGCUUUUCUUCUAUAUAGAGAAAGAAUAUUUUAAAUCUUUUCUUUCUUUUCGCAAUUUUUCGUUAAAAAAAAUGUCUCUUCCUUUGAAUAUUUUGAAUAUUUUUCUAAUUUAUAAAUUUUGCAUUAAUUUGUCAUUGUUUUUCGUAAAUUUGUAUAGAUUACAUAUUUUAUGUAAUUCGGGAUUGUUUAUCUGUUGGGAAAAAAAAAAUUUGCUACUUUCCUGGUUUUAAUGAAAGUAGAAAAAUUUUUGCAGAAACUUUCGAGAUCAUAAUGUUAAUCGAUUGAUUAUUAUUACAAUAUUGCUAAACAAAGUUUUUAGUAUAAUUUCGCAAUAAUUUGAAUUACUGAUCUCGGCGAUUUUUUUUUUGUUUGCUUACUCGUUCAAAUUUAAAUUAGAAAUUUGAAAAAAUGUUCUAAUUUCAAAAUAUAAAAAUAAAUAAUUUUUAAUCUAAUGAAUAAAUGAAAAUAAAUUAAGCAAGAGAAAUAGGGUAGGAAAAUAAAUUUUUUAUUUUUAUUUCCGUUUAAUAAAAUAGUAUAAUAUUAAUAUGCCCUACGAUGGGGCAAUAUGGAGGAAAAUUAUAAAGCGCGUGCCCAUGGGGAUUCCCCAUAGGAAAUACCUUGGAUUUUUCACAAUGUCAAAAUGGUAAAUGGAAGAUUACUAAAAUGGAAAAUAUCUUCCCUUUACAGGUAUCCGAAUUUUAAUCCCAACAGCUCUUGAGAGUAAAAUAGGAUCCUUUUAAAGUUAAAUUUACGAUUUGUGAUUAUAUUGCACACUGUAUUUUUCGAGAAUAAGGGGGACCACGAAAAGAAAAUUGGUUGCCUUUUAACAAUACAAGCUCUUUUAUUUGCAACACUGACCCGUAUAAUACCAGUAAAUUCAGGAUUAGAAAUUAAAAUCCCCCAAAAGCUCUACACUGGGUUUUUCCUCGCAAAAAAAAAAAGAAUUUACCUGUUUCUUCUUUUUUUUCAAAGAAAAGUUAUUAAUUAGAAAAAUUAUGUUUAUAACAAAAAAUUGAAUUUUUUUUUUUGUAGAAUUUUUUCUACAAAAAAAAUUCAAUAAAAAAAGAAAAGAGGUAAAAAUUCCAAUUUUAGAAUAGUGGGGGAAUAUUUUUUACGAGAACGUCGCUCUAAUACAAAAAAAGGCACCAAUUUUUUUUUUGUUUUAUUUUCUGACUACUGAUUAUGUAUGGGUAUAUAAGACCUGUCUGUCAUGAGAUAUGUGUUUACAUAUACGUUCACGCAUAUGCAGUAACCAGGCGAAGGCGAGCGUGUGAAUAUUUUGGAUGGAGUUAGUUAUUUUAAUCCAGCCAAAGCAAACUCUCUCUCUAGCUGCGUUUUACUCGCUUAACGAAGACACGCUGCGUUAAAGUCUCGGACUGUCUUUAUUGCGGUAGUGAAUCUUCGGGAAAAAAACACCGAUUCUUCUUCUUUUUACUUUUAUUACAAAUUUACCCCUCUCUCUCUCACUCUCUGUUCUAGUUGCAAAAAUAUUUUGCCAAAACUCACAAACUUGAAACAAGAGAUAAUUAAUUACCUCGUCAAAAUAAUUUUUCAGAAAAAUUUUUUUUGUUUUUUUUUUUUUGUUUCUGGAGCUUGAAAAAACAAAAUUUAAUACUAUUGUCGAAACAUAAGUUUCAAUAUUUCUCCUUUUUGGAAAAUUCUCUUAAAACACUUGAAAUAAUAUUGAUUUUAGAAAACAUUAUAUUCUCACGAUUAUUAAUUUUCAUGAACUCACUAGUCAGAGUGCGGUUUUUCUUUUUUUGAAAUAAAAUUUAAUUAAUUCGAUUUAAAUAAAUAGAGAAAUUGAAAUUUGUCAUUUUUUUCUCGAGAGAGAGAGAGAGAGAGAGAGAGAAAUAAAAUUUGAGAUUUAAAUAAAUACAAGGAGAGAUUUGUCAUUUUUUUUCAGUGUUUAAAAUAAAAAUUAAUAUUGUUUAGAGAAAAAUGAUGUUUUUUAAUUGACUAAUUAAGUAGUAGGCGAACACAUCCGUUGUAAAAAGGAGAAUGAUAUGUGCAUGUGUGUGGUAGUCACAAGGGAGAGUAAAGGAAAAAAAAUGUCAAAAAUGACACUAACAGCUGCUUUAGCGCAGUGGAGGCCUAGACAAGGGAUCGUUAAAAGAAACCAAGGCCAAUUUGACCUUAGGAUUCACGAUUCCUUUAAUUAUUUUCGUCAAAUUCAAAAUGACAUUCAAAUAUUUCACGCUCGUCUGAAUAUUAUAAAACAAACACACAAAAAAUUAAGAUAUCCCGCCUCAUUUUUUUAUCAGAGACUUCUAUAUUUUUCUCUCUAUUUUUACAUCGCUUCAUUUAUUUUCCAUCAAUGAAAAAUU